CCAUCGUACAAGAAGCAAGUUCUGUAAACGCAAAUGUAAAUACGAGCAAAUUGUUAGCCGCAUUUAUUUUGAUAUGACUUCAUUGGGAAAUGAGGAAAAUCCAGCGGAGCUGAGUGAAAUUGUCGAAGAAAAGCGCCCGAAAUUUGGAAAUCGGUUUUUGACCAAUGACAAUGACGUAUUUAAGCACAACGCUUGGGAUAAUGUUGAAUGGGAUGAGGAGCAGGAGCAAGAGGCACUUGCGGCGGUGAAUAAAAAUUCUACAGAGAAAAUGAAAGCGGAGGAUAAGCAAAAGUUUCAAAAUGAUGCCGAUAAGUUUUGGGACUCGUUUUACGGUGUGCACCAAAACCGCUUCUUCAAGGAUCGACAUUGGCUAUUUACAGAAUUUGCUGAACUUGCUGCGCUUCCUGAGACUGGGGUGCAAAAACAACGUACCAUAUUCGAAUUGGGCUGUGGAGUUGGAAACACUAUUUUGCCAAUAUUAAAAUAUAGUCAAGAACCGAAUUUAAAAGUGUAUGGCUGUGAUUUUUCUGCACGCGCUAUUGAAAUAUUGCGUACGAGCAAAGAAUAUGAUGCCAAGCGUUGCGAGGUAUUUGUUAUGGACGCCACGCUCGAAGAGUGGCAAGUACCUUUUGCUGAAAAUUCAUUGGAUAUUAUUGUGCUAAUUUUUGUACUCUCAGCGAUUGAGCCGGCAAAAAUGAAAAGCAUAGCUGCGAAUUGUUUUCGUUACUUGCGGCCAGGUGGCUUGUUGCUUUUCCGGGACUAUGGUCGCUAUGAUAUGGCACAGUUACGUUUCAAGAGCGGCAAAUGUUUGGAAGAUAACUUUUAUGUGCGUGGUGAUGGCACAAUGGUGUACUUCUUUACACAAGAAGAGGUUAGGGAUCUCUUUUGUAACGUGGGUUUUGUAGAGGAGCAGAGUAUAGUGGAUCGGCGAUUACAAGUAAAUCGAGGACGAAUGCUGAAAAUGUACAGGGUGUGGAUACAAACCAAACUUCGCAAGCCAGUGAAUGAAGCGCCAAAGGACUAGAAUUCGAUCCAAGUUUUGAAAGUUGAGCUUAAUCUGUGCACUGUGAAAAAUGUGUAAAUAAUAAGAAAUAAAAGGAUGUAAUUUUUUUUAAAUAA